GCUCAAGUUUAUAAUCGCGAGAGGGACUUAGACGUGCAGACGUAUAUCACAAUUACUUACAAUAGCUAAGCCUUAUUUUGCCAGCUCCUGCUUACAUAAAAACGUCGACGAAUCAAGCUUUUCAAAUGUGUUCGAACAACCUUAAGUGUAACACAGCGGAAGCUCUGAGACUAACUGCUUGUUGGAUUUUCUUCUUAACAAGUGUACUUGGUGGUGUUGAUUAUUUAAUGUUUGUUCAAGACUGGCCGCCCACAGUGUGUCUUCAUUCUUCAAAAUUCGUCACAUGUGAAGUGCCUUCUAAGAAAAAUAACUGGGUGAUUCAUGGAUUAUGGCCAUCAUCAUAUAACUUACGAAUUCCCAGGUUUUGUAACAGCAGAAAUCACUUUAACCUUACAGAGAUUCAGGGUCUUGUUUCUGAGCUUGAAAAUGAGUGGCCAAAUUUGUAUGUGAGAAGAAAAGCAUCAAGUUUCUGGAAAUAUGAAUGGGAGAAACAUGGGACUUGUGCAGCUGUUAUGCCUUAUUUCAACUCUCAAAAAAAAUACUUUAGUAUGGUACUGAAACUAAAGAUUCAUUAUGACUUGUUUAAAGCAUUUAAAGAAGGUGGAAUUACUCCAAGUAGAGAACAACCAUACAUGUUGGGCAAUAUAACAAACAUACUGAAGACUUGGCUGAAAGCGAAGGUUGUUGUCAAAUGUCAAACUGCAAAGCACUUUGAAUAUCCAGUCCUGCACUCAAUUCGAAUGUGUAUGAACAUGACCUUUAAGUUAAUUGAUUGUCCAGCAUCAGUAGGACAUUGUAAGGCCAACUCAGUUUUGUACCUGCCUAUUGAAACUAUAAAUAGUGUAAAGCUACAGGCAUGAAUCUACUGAAGUUAUUAAGCAUUUAAAAACCUUUUCAGGAAUCUUUAUAUUACACUAUUUGGCAUUGGCCAUAUUGUCAAUGUCUCUAAAAUUUAAAGUAGAAGUUUCUUUUUAAGAUUUGAAUGCUUUAUUUUGUAUUUUAUAUUUUUUACCAGUAGGUAAUUACUUUUAUUUCAUUUUGACUUUCCAAUGUUUGUAAAUGUAUUAUUUGUAUCCAAACUAAACCUUACAAACUUAAAAACUAGUGUAUUUAAUUUCAAUUAGCAUUAUCAAAGCACAUAUUAUGUCCUAUCUAACAAAGUUCAUAUCAUUCAUAAAGCUCAAAAGUUGUUUGAUAUCUUAGUUUAUUUUUGCAAUAGCUCCUUUUGUACAAUUCACUAUAUCUAUAGUUAUUGUGACACAAAACCUGAGUUGGUAUGUCUGUGCAGUGGUGACAUGCCAGUAUACUCAAUAAAAUAAUUGAAACUAAGAAUAAUGCAAUAUAUGUCAUUAAGAUAAAAAAAA